AUGUCCUUUCUCCAGCCGCGGACGGAGCACCGCUUCGAUCCCCGUGAACCGCAUCCCGAGCUGGAGGGCGUAGACAUUGGCCAUCUCCAACACACCGACUGGGAGAACAACAGCGACCCUUUCGGCAUGUACACCUCCAAAGGCCUGCCUCCCCCGCCGGUGGUGUCCGCCCAUCAUGUUCGCCGUCAGGCCAAGGAGAGAGUAUCCAGCAUCAUGGCCAACUACCGCCUGCUGCGGGCCAUAGUGGAGCGUCACGAGGAAAAGAUCCAGAAGCGAUGGGAGAAGAAGACCAAGGCCCAGCGGCUGGCCAUCUUGCUUCAGCAGUGGCCCGAAAUGCCCAAGGACCACCGCCCCGAGUUUGCCGCCUUUCGUAAACACCCCCAGCUGUUGCACCAGGCGGCGGCCCGGUAUUCAGGCUCCUUCAGAUGGCCCUACAUCAACCAAGAGGACCUGGCCAAGCCCAGGACACUGCCUUUCCUCCUCAGCUCCCGAGGCCGGAACCAUCCCAGCGUUUUCGCCGCAGCCGACGGGGAUUCGAUGCAUCUGGGCAAGGUGACCAUGGUCAUUGUCCCCGUCUUUCUCAACUGUUACAUCAUGCUGCUGAACGGCAUGACCCGGGACGACGACUACGGCAGGGUCGUGGGCUUUGAGGAACAUCCAGACGCCUUCUAUUGGAUGACUACGCGUAAGCAGUUCCUUCCCGGGGAAGGCCUGGUUAUUCUCGAAGCCCAGGACCGGCUGCUUGCCUUUCUCGUUUCUUGCUGUAAGCAGAUACUGCACGAGAUUCCGCCCGGCGAGCUGACCGGGGACAAGCAUCCGAUACUGCCAGAGCCAUGCGCCAAAGCAAACGCCCAUGUCGGCGGCCUCGCUUCCCUGGCCACCUUGGCUCAGGAGGCGCCGUAUCGGGUUCCCGCGAGGCUUGAUCUGGAAAAGAUUGAGUCGCUGCUGGCUGCGCGCGCUUCGCGUGCCGAAGAGCAUCUGUGGGCUCUGCGGGAAGAUCCGAGCUACUUUGCCGAGCAGCUGAUUGAGAUGCGGGAACACAGGCAAGAGAUGCUGAAGGACACUCAAGGCAGCCUUCACCCGACAAUGAAGCUCCCGAGGCAGGGACUUUUAUGGGCUCGCGUCAUAGGUGACGUGAUUCUCCAGGCGACCCUCCAGCUGGAGUUCUUUUCCGAGCUGCACGGCCAGGCUCGUAAGCUCAGGAUUCUUCACAGGAAAUACGAGCGCGAGAUAUCCCCGCUUCGAGAUCUGCCAGAGGAGUUCCUCGGCGCCCUGCUCAAGUUCCGGCAUUACCUGAACCAGGUGACAAAGGGGCCGCUCAACCUGCUGAAGCAGUCUGUCGUGGCUUCGCCGCCAAUGAGGCAAUUCUUCGUCCGGGAGGUGCCCGAGUCAUCAAGCUCGUCCAAGAUCACGGUCACGGGGAAACCCGGGGUGAAGUUGGACAAAACCACGUCGCAUUUGAUCUGGUUGCUGCGGACCCUGUGGGAAGACGGCUACAACCUGUUCAUCUGUCGCUUGCCCACCUUGGUGGACGAGCUCGACCGGUUGAUGCAAGCGGACCAAAAGGCCCGGGACUUGAUAUCUCCCUACGUCGCCAUGCUGGUGGGCGACCUUGCCGUAACGGGCGAGUGUCUCAGGCAGCUGGACAUUUACCAGCCCUGGGCCAACAACUUUGAAGCCGCCCUGUGCGACAGGGAAAAAGACAUCAAGGCCGAGUUUGCAGAACGCACCAAGCUCAUGGCUCAGGUCAUGGACACCCUCCGCGAGGAGAAGCUGCUCCGGCUCAGCCCCUUUGGCGAUCCGUCAGACAACAAGUUUGACUAUCCAGUGGGCAGGCGGCGGAACAAGGAGAACACGGAGAAGCUCCGCGCGGCGGAGGCUAAUCUGGAUGCCUUCUGGCGCAAGUUCGACGAAACGUUGUACGCCAAGCUCGGCAGCCUGGAGGGCACCUCGCUCGGGCACGUCCUCUCCAAAGCGUGGCCCCUGCAGCGAACGCCGCCCUGGGCCGAGCCGGCUGCCGUCAAGGCCGACGAGCCAGGCAAGGACUCUCGCACAAGCCCGGAGGCACCCGCGAAACCCUUUUCCACACUGUUCAUCGGCCACGAGGAGCCCUCUCCUCGCAAGGAACUGCCAGCCGAAAGGGAGGCCAGGCGCAAGGUCAAGACACGCGGAGCAGCUCAGACGUGCCCGGCGCCGACUGCGGACGCAGCAGCCCUCGCGACGCCCUUUGCCGAGGCGCGGCCGACUCGUGAGCCCGUCCUUUGGGUAGACUCUCGCUCCCUCAAGGUGUUCCGCAUCGUCUUCUUCGACCCCACUGCCAACACGACCCCCGGCGAAGUGGCGUGGACCGAUUUCCUCCACGCGAUGAACCAUGCCGGAUUCAGUGCGCGAAAGCUGUACGGGUCGGUGUGGCACUUCCAGCCGACCGUGCUGGAUGUCGAGAGAAGCAUCCAGUUCCACGAGCCGCACCCCCGGGGCAAGAUUCCGUUUCUGAUUGCACGGCGGCACGGGAGGAGGCUGCACAGGGCGUACGGGUGGACUGAUAGGACGUUUGCGUUGAAGGCGAAAGAUGAUACGCACGGCGGCUGA